UUGUAAUCGUAAUAGCUAAGCGUAAUUUUAGAGGUUUUAAUUGAGAGUUUUGCUGGAUACGAUGUCCGUGCCUCAAAACCAGAUAGAAGAACUUGGAAAUUUAUUUUUAAAAGAUGUGGAAUCAAAAGGAAGCGGUUCUGUCCACCCCAAAGAUUUGGCAAGGGUGAAAACCAGUGACGACUGGUUACGAAGGUUCAUCAUGCACCAAGAAUACGAUACUCAAAGGGCUCUUGAGAUGCUCUGGAAUUCAGUGAAAUGGAGAAAAGAAAAUGAUGCUAAUGGCAAGUAUUCCUCAUCAUAAAAUUUUCAGACGACAUCGAUCUUUGGAACUGAAU